UACGCCAUAAAAUUUUGUUAUUAUGUCGAGGAGUGGAGGUUAUGUAUAAACUGAAAAACAACAAAUAACAAUAUAACUAAUUUUUCUAGGCCGAAUUUCAAUUAGUGAAUUUUGCAACGUUGAAACUCUUUAAAAUGUCAACGUUUCCCGAAACAAGACAAAGCUGUGAUGAAAAUUCAAAAAUAGUUGAAAAGGGAGUAACAUACAAUGAUAUUGCAACAAAGUUAUUGCAAGACCGUCUUUUGCUCACUGCCUUGGAACUUCAUACAGAGUUACUCGAGUCUGGUAAAGAAAUCAGACAGCUGAAGGAUUUUUUCUCCAAUCCGGGAAAUUUUGAAUUACAGGCUCAAGAGUUCCGAGAAAUCCCUUCAAGAUUGUCCAGAUCUGGAAGUCAAGUUACCCUGGACAGUUUAGAUCUGACUAGGUAUUCUGAAGAUGGUGGAGGAACAGAUGAAAGAGUAGCCAUUUUGGAAUUCGAACUGCGGAAAGCAAAGGAAACAAUAAAUGCUCUUCGGAAUAACUUGACAGUAGCUACCGAAUCCGAAACGAACUCAUGUGAUAAAGAUAAUUCAAGAAAUAUAAACAUUGGUGGUAUAAAACCGCAUGAGCAGAGAGCAUUGAAUUUUCUAAUAAAUGAAUAUCUUCUGCUGCAUAGUUAUAAGCUGACAUCCAUCACAUUUGCUGAUGAAAAUCAAAAUCAGGAUUUUGAUGAUUGGGAUGAUGUUGGUUUAAAUAUUUCCAAGCCUCCUGAACUGCUUGCCUUAUAUAGAGAUGGAUUGAAACAAACAGUGCAAAAUAGUGCAUCUGUUUCAACACAAACUGAUGAAAGCGACGACCAGAAAGCAGUUGAGAAUUUCGGCGAGACAAUUCAGAAUAUUGAAUUACAAACUUCUAAUAAGAGCGGUAAUAUCGUUAAACUCCAAGGCGAAAUCAAACAAUUAUGUUCAAACCAGAAAACUCCUGCUAUAGAUUCCGCCUCAACAGAAAUUCCAUACACCAAUCGAACAGAAAUUGAUAAAGAAUCAACAGAUAGCUCCGACCCUCCUGAAAGAUUUGAAUUUAUUGAUAAAAAUGUUUAUCUGGAGAAAAAGCGAGAUAGUAUUGUUACUUUGGAAGACAAUGUGUCAAAUAAUAGUUUUGAUACAAGUGAUUGGACGAAUCUCAGCCUUCCUAUAGAAAUUAAGGAGAGUAAUUCUCAAACAGAAAAUAAAUGUAGAAGUUUGGAUCGAGAUUUAAGAUUAAAAUGUAGCAAGGACCCCUUUCUACAUGAAGUGUAUUUAGCCUGUUACAUUGAUAUGCCAGAAAAACAGGAUCCAAAUAUAGAAGAAAUACUUAAAAAAAAUGUUAUUGAUGACAGUUUUGUUCGUCUUGUAUCUAUGUUGCUUCUAAAAAUGAUUCCAAAUCUCAUUUUAAACAAAAGAGAAGAAGUUAUUCCUUUGCUUGUUGGUAGCAUCCAUUUGAAUCCCAAAGCAUCAGAAAGAGAUAAACUGUUGCAGCAGCUGUUCAACUUGAAAAAAAAGCCUUCUACUGAAGAACGUAGGAUGAUUUUGAGUGGCUUAUUGUCUGUGGCUAAGUACUCAGGGGAAAAUUUAGUUGAGAAUGAAAUUCUACCUCAGUGUUGGUUACAGCUGACACAUAAACAUGUUGAGAGACGGUUGUUAGUUGCUGAAGCAUGCAUCAUUCUGAUACCUUUCCUUUCGGAACCCAUUCGAAACUCUCUCUGCCUAUCAAUGCUGCAACAAAUGCUAGAAGAUAAAGAAGAUGCUGUUAGAGAAACAGUGAUUAAAGCCCUAGCUUUAUUAGUAGCUUUAUGUGAUGACAAGGAUAAAUACUGUCAAUGUGAACAACUAGCACUCAGUACUCUAAAUGAUUCAAGUAACAGUGUAGUCAACACGAGUACUCAGAUAUUAUUCCCUGUGUUAGGAAAAUGGGCAUUAGAGGAAGGUUUGCUCAUCAAUAGUUUGAUGAAAAAAUUGUUGAAUACAUUGAGUUAUCACGUAAAGAACACAGAAUCCACUAGUAAGGUGAACCUGUCUUCUGACAAAAUUUUAAGAAUGAUAAAUGUGAUAGAUAACCUACUAACUUUCCUAAUGAUGUCUGUUGCCUGCUAUGAAAGCAUUAUAUGUAAUAUUGAGAAGGAUAUGGCCAUGGAAUUGAGAUAUGACUUCAAAAAUGUAUGCUCGUGUCUGACAAACCCAGAAUUUUUCUCAAGGAGUGAAAUAAGUAGUGGAGUCAUUUUAUAUGAAUUCGAUAAAUAUAUUAAUGACAACCCAAAUAUAUCUUGGCCAGAGUUAGAUUGGAUUAUUGAUGUAAUGCUUCCAGAUAUUUUCAACAAUCUCCACUACAUUGAAACUAGUCAACAGCAACUGCUUCAAAGUUUUAUAAACUUUUUUUCCCACUUCUGUAUAGUAUUUGGUAGCAGUUUUUCAAAGUUUAAAAUCCGUCCUAUACUCCACAACAAGAUCCAAAGUCUCGAGCAAGUUAUGAGCAGUUUUAAUCAGUUCAACCCUAGCCUGAACAUAAUCCCAGUAUACCUGACCGUCCUGAGUUACUCUGGCGAAUAUGACGAAUUGUCAAAUGUUUUGAAGAAUCUCAUUUGUGCUCUACCUCUUUGCGGAUCUCCUUUGGAUUGUUUGGAGAUAACAGUGAAGCGACUCUGUGUAGCUGGGCUUCAAGAAGUUGUCGUUGAUUGUUUAUGGGCAGGCAUAACGCAUCAGAGACCAUUAGUUCGGGCUGCUUCAGCAACUUUGAUUUCUGGAAUAAUUGGCCUUUGCAGUCGGGAGUUAUUAAGGACCAAGGUUACAGCUGCUUUAGUUACUCUGGCGACGGAUAAUGACGUGUUGGUUCGAACGUCAGCAAUUCCAGCUUUAGGAACUCUCAUUUCUGACUGUUCAAUUGCAGAUAUCCAUGACAAAGUUUACAUGCAGUUACAAAGCUUCAUUUCGGAUCCUAAUUUAAAAGAAAAUCACGCUUUGUUAAGGCAGCUCAUAGUCACUUUAGGAACCAUUGCAAUAAACUGUUCUCUACCUUUCCGAUACGAUGUCAUUUUUCCUCAGUUAUCUUCAUAUUCUUCAUACAUGUCUCAAAUGAAGAACCAGACAAGAAAAAUAGAUAUGGCACUGGCUCUUGUGGAAGCUUACAAAAAUAUAAUUUAUAGUCCUCUGAAUGAGCCAAGUACUAGCAACGUAUUAUUAUCUGGAUUAAG